CAUAAGCAUUUGAACGAUCUGUGUGGACUUCUCAGGACGCAGACCUUCGAGGACACGACUAAGCGGAUGACUUAUCGAGAGAUGAACAUGAUUCUGCGACACGAAGGAGGCGAGGACGGCCUUCCAGUCGAUUGCUGCCCUACGGUAGAGGAAAUGGUGGAACCGGUCGGCGGUCGAAAUCGGGAAAACAUGUACGUGCAACUGUAUCGGGACGGCCAGAACGCCCAGAGGUUCUUCGAGUACUCUUGCAGGCCAGACGUCCUCGACAAGCCGUGCAGGUUCAUCGACCGGAAGUUCAGU